AUGUCGUUUUUCGGUCAGAAUCCGGCUGGCCAAGCAGCACCAAGUGGUGGUGGUCUCUUCGGAGGUCUCAAUCUCAAUACUGGUUCUGAUCCUCAGGCGAAACGAAAGUCCAUCUUCGAUGCAUCAACAUCACAAUCAGCCUCCCUAGCAACUGGCCAGCCAGCUUCUCAACCUUCACUAUUCGGUGGGCUCAACACUGCGACAUCAGCACCGGCGCCUGCAAGUGGUGGUCUGUUCAAUCUGGGUGCUCCUCCUAAGACAAGUGCUCCAUCAUUUUCCUUCGGCAAUCCCACGACUGCAGCAACUACUGCACCGUCCUCUACCGGCUUAUUUGGUGCUGCACCGGCCGCUCCCAGCGCAGGACUUUUCGGAACCCCCAACAAUGCCCCAGCCUCACAGGGAACUUCCUCGCUGUUUGGUGCUCCUUCUGCGCAGCCCGCAGCAAAUCCAACGGCAUUCGGCACAACAAGUACGCAGCAACCUCCCACGACAGGUGCGUUUGGUCAAGCAGCGUCCCGCCCUUCCGAGUCUGGUUUACCACAGAAUAGAGAUGCAGGGUACUUUAGCAGCCUGUUGGAAAGACAGAAGAAAAAGCCCCGUCUAAAAACAGAUAACAAUGGAGGGAGUGGACAACUCUCGGGGCUUAACAUGGACCUAGGAGAUCUCGCGAGAAGGGCGCAAGAACUCAGGACUCGGGGUUCGAAACCUGGAGAGUCUCUCAAUGACAGUCGAGCACACUAUCUCUUAGCCGGAUCCGGGGUUGCUCCAGGUCAAGCAUACAGAGACUUUCAAGCGGUCGGCGGCGAUGAGACAAACGCAGCUUCGAGGGCACAAGCACAGACCUAUGCCGAAGAAUCAAGUGCAUACCUCAGAGAUCUACGAGUCAAAGGCCGUGAAGCGUUGUUACGGGAAAGCAUGACCCGUGUCUAUCGAGAGGUCGACAGCUUUAUUGAAGAAAGCCUGGGUGUGGACUUUGAAGAACAAAAAAUCAGAAUCAUGGAACAUUUCGGUCUGAUUCCGCCAGAUGAGGGUCCAGAGUCAGGGGACAAUGGAAAGGCUGGAGGAGCUUUUGGGAGAUCAACCAGACGAGCAAGAGACGAAGCAGGCAAAUCUUCCCAAGGCCCAAGGAGCGUCUUUGGCCGCUCUGCGAUUGACAAGUCGAUGAUUGGUACUCCGAGUUCCGUCGCCGGCACGUCAUCUUUCUUUAAGGACGAAGGUGGCUUGUCGGCAAACCCUAACGUUCCCCGGGGUCAAAGUCUUCGUGGUCUGCGAGAAAAAGAGAAAGCUUUCUUGACUAAAAUCGACGAUCUCAACCGAGCUAGGUUAUCGGGACAGGCAUUUCCUGUGCUGCAAGUAUUUGAAGACGUCGAAGAACGAAAUGUUGGUGACAGUCCGAAACAGAUUGUGGAAGCAUAUCGAGCAUUGAGAGAGAUCACCAAAGAAGAUUCACAAGCAGUCAAGGAACGACAGUAUACAGAUGCGUACUUGGACGAAGCUAACAACUCUGCCAAAACCUUCCACCUUAGCAAGCAAAUCUUAGAAGGAUCACGAACUUACCUCGAGAAAGCUGCUUGGCGUGACAUGAAAUCCCAAAUCGAAAAGAAUGCAAGAGAAGCAGCACUGGGUGGACAGCCGACCAUUAUCAACACCGUUCGUGCUUAUAUUCGCCUCAGAGCAGCCAGGCGAGACUUGGCGCCAGAUAAUGUCGAGCUGUCACGAGCAGGUGAGAAUGGGGAUUACUGCUGGGUUCUCAUCUUCUACUUGCUCAGAUGUGGCUUUGUGAAAGAGGCCAACGAGUAUGUCGACAAUGAUGCCGCAUUCCAGUCAACGGACAAAAAGUUCGUCGCAUACUUGACAACUUAUGCAAACAGCCCAGACCGACGCCUUACCCGCAAGUUACAAGAGAUGAUUGAUGGCGAGUAUCAACAAAGACAAAAACACAGCCAGAAAAACGCAGUCGACCCAUAUCGAAUGGCCUGCUACAAGAUUAUUGGUCGGUGCGACCUCUCUCAGAAGACACUGGACACGAUCCAUCAAAGCGUAGAAGAUUUCCUGUGGCUUCAAUUUGCAUUGGCUCGCGAGGCCGACAGAUUUGAGGAGAUCUCAGGAGAGCUCUACGGCUUGGAGCAAAUCCGUGAAACUUUUGUCGAGAUUGGACAGAAGCAUUUCCAAAAGAGUCAAGUCGCAGAUUCAACCGGGUAUGGGACAUAUUUCCUGUUGCAGAUACUAGGAGGAAUGUUUGAGCAGGCUGUCGAGUAUUUACACAGCUUCAAUGCUGUCAGCGCGGUUCAUGUUGCCAUAUCACUCGCCUACUAUGGUCUACUUCGUGUGUCGGACUUUACGGUGGCAGGUAACGAGCUCAGUAGGUCAACUGAAUCCUGUGGUCAGAUCAACACUAACCAGUGCACAGUGACAUACUCAACGACACAACAGCCCCUUCUCAACUUUGUACCCUUACUAGCCUACUAUACGGGUGCGUUCCGGACGGCAAUGCCUGUUGCGGCUGUCGACUAUCUGACUUUGAUCUGCCUCAAUUCGGACCUCAAACCAGCCAGUCUGGGAAUGGUUCAUACAAAUGCGUGUCACGAGUGCUUACGUGAGCUUUGUUUGGAAACCCGUGAAUUCGCCAAACUCCUCGGCGAUAUCAGAACCGACGGAGAACGAAUACCUGGAGCGAUUGAAGAGCGGGCGAAGCUCAUCAAUCUCGACAGUCGAGACAAGUUUCUCCGGUCAAUCACCAAGCAAUCAGCCGCUACUGCUGAUCAAAGAGGACAAAUCGCCGACGCAGUAUUGUUGUACCAUCUUUGUGAGGAUUAUGAUGAUGUUGUAAGUGUACUCAACAGAGCACUUGCAGAUGCAGUCACCCUUGAUCUGGGAGAGUCUCCCAUGCAAUUGCAGCCACUCAAACCUCGUCGUCAAGAUGGGAAGAGCGAUUCAUCGAUCAGUACUCAAGGAGAUGGUCCUCAAUCGUCACUGUCAUUGACCCAGUCAACCUCAUCCCCCGUGGAACUGGCCCGAAACAUGAUCUCGCUCUACAAUAAAAACGCAGCAUAUGUGAACAAGAUUUCACCUACCAACCGUGAGACCUGUCGAGUGCUUCUCAAGCUUGUCUCAGCAAGAGCUCACCUUGAAUCCAAGCCGCCCCGAUUUAUGACCGCACUUGAGGAAUUGAACGACCUUGAUAUUCUUCCCUUGGCGGCCAAUGGAUCGAUUCCAGUGAUUCGGUCUCUCGCUACCAAGUUUGGCAGUUUGUCCCAACUACUUGCUCGAUGUAUUGGAGUGAGUGUGGUCUGGGCGGUGCGGGCAAUCGGGGGUGAACGAGACAACAUUGUACGAAAUGGUAGAUGGGAGUCGGGAUAUGGUGGUGAUGCGGACGGGACGAAAGAUCAGUUGGCUGAUAUGGCGAAGGACUUGAUGGUUUUUGCCGGACUGGUCAAAUAUAAGUUGCCAGGGCGUGUGUAUGAUAUGUUGACACGUGCUGGGGGCGACGUUGGCGGCUUUUAG